CAUUCACUACGGACUUGUCGAGUUAACUUGAUCUCUGCAGUUUUCUGUUUUGUUUGUUUUUUUAUUCGCAGUUUUCGUUUCUCUCAGAUCUGCUUCGUGCGUAAAAGUGUUCCUUUGCGCGCACAGCCUCCGGGAGCUCUUUUGCGUCAACUUUUUUCACGUUUUGUAUUAUUUUUCCUUUUUUUUUUUUGCACACCCUACCUGAGUUGUGUCUCCUCUCUCUGCACGCCUCCACUCCUCUCCACCAUGGAUUUGGUUUGGAUUGUGGGCUUCGUUGUGAGCGUCUGCGCUUGGUUUGCUUCAGCGGAGCGGCACAGCGUCUACUGGAACAGCACGAACCCAAAGUUUCUGUGGGACGACUACGCCGUGGAGGUGAAGCUCAAUGACUACCUGGACAUCGUGUGCCCCCAUUACCCUCAGGGCGAGGUGCCGCUGCUGGACGCCGAGCGGUACGUGCUCUACAUGGUGGAGCGCGAGGACUACGAAUCCUGCAAGCCGCAGUCGUACGACCAGAUGCGCUGGGAGUGUGGUCAUCCGUUUGCCCCUCACGCUCCUGAGAAGUUCUCUGAGAAGUUCCAGCGUUUUACUCCGUUCACUCUGGGCAAGGAGUUUCGUCAAGGAGAAAGCUACUAUUAUAUCUCCAAACCUUUGCACCACCACGGCCAAGAAUGCCUCAGGCUCAGGGUGGACGUCGUAGCGGCUGACGGUUCUCAAGAGGCCAGAGUGGCCAAAGGAGGCACGGGUGGGGCUGGAGUCGGAGCUGGGGGUGGGGUUCACAACCCGUCCAACAGACUGCCUGCAGCAGAUGAUCCAGUGGUAAUCCUGCCAGACGUCCAGAAGAGUGUACGGACGAACUCUGCAGUGACGGCUACAUCCCUCUCAAUCCUCUCAUUGCUAGUCCCAUUUUCAUUAUUGCUUUUGCUGCACUGAGAGUACAUGAAAGGACUUCUGUUGGCAGACUUGUCUUUUUUUUUCAGGGACUACAAUGAAGACAGUCCGUGGGGUUUCAAACCACUGACUUAAAAAAACAAAAAAUCCAUGCCCAGUGCUGGCCACGGGGAGAGACUUUAGAAGCUUGUAAAGUACAGAUGGACUCGCUUGCACAACAUGUGUUGGGUAACUUUGAGCGUUUGAGACAAGUGUUUGUGCUUUGUCUUACUUUUCAAAAAAAGAUGACAGUAUUUUUUUUUUUUUUUUGGGAAAGACAAAGUUCUCCUUGAUUUUGUAUUUUUUUGGGGGGGCUCUCCAAAAAGACAGACCUCUGUGGAGGAUAUCCCUACGAGAAAAUAUGAAGAAGCUGAACCUAAAGCGGCUGAAGAACAAUCAAGAGCGGCGACACCAACUUUGAAUCCUACGUUUAGACAGAACGAAUCAGCGUUGAAAGGAAAAGUAAUCUGGAACCUUUUGAGCCAAAGACGAGUCAUCUCUCCAACUUGUACACUAUUCCACCCUUGAGUAUCGUGUACUAUUUGUUGUAUUGUUAUCGUAAUGGUAUUGAGUGGCAUUGAUGUCCCACGUGAUUACUUUCUCUAAAUGUAGCAUCGACAGACAUGGGAGCUGUUCUCAUGACUACCAUUCCUUUGCAGACCAUGUGCUUAAACACUGUAGCACUAAAACUGCUCAGUACAGACACAUCGACACACUCUGUAACACACCACAUUGAACUCUGUUACGUGUACAUUCUGUGAAGAUAAUUUAUAACAUUUGCAGCUAAGAUGUUUUACUGUAGCCUACAUACCAUGUGCUCUCCAAAUGAAAUGUUUACUGUUGGCAGUCGGGAGGGCAGUUUUCCUCCCGGCUCUCCUGGUGGAGGUAGUACUUGUGUGAAAGGGAACAUGCGUGUGUUGAACUGACAAUAGGGGAGUGCGUGAGCUGUGGAGCGUUUAAUUGAAAGAGUGUUGAGACGAAAUGUUUUUUUUUCUCUGCCAAAAGCAAACACUGAGAUGUUGUGUGUGUCACAGAGAGGCUGGACUUCUCCGUUUGUUGGAUCUUGCCCCUGUAUCGGUUAAAUUGUCUGACACAAAGAGCUGGUGUCAAAUCUUUCUCAGUGCAGGACUCAACCCUGUGCAUAGUGGUGCUUCCCGUUAAGCUUAGUUAGAAAACAAGCCUGAAAAAUCUAAAAAUUGAAGUAAUCAGCUAUUAGAUAAAACACACUACAGUCACCAGUUCAUUCUAGAUAAGACACAGCAUCGAAACAAAGUUGCCAAGUACAUCAUCGCCCGACAGGCUGGCUCGAUCAACAAAGCACAACAGUGUAUGACUACCAUUGAAGUCAGUCUUUUUUCUUCUUCUUUUUUUUUAAAUCUGAAUUCUUGUUACCUAAUUUUGUACAUGUGUAAGUAAGAGAAGUGUAUAAAAUGUAUAAAUAUAUAUAGAGAGAUUAUAUAAAAGACCUGUUUGAUAAAUAUGAUAAAUGUGAAAAAUUUUCAUGUGAAAUAAAAAAAAAAAAACACGAUAUUUUUCAAAAACCAGAA